AUGGCCGCUGGAUGUGUUCUUCUCGUCUUCCCGCUGCUGCUGAUGUCAAUACGUUGUGACUUCGCACAUGCAAAACACUCCAUGCAUGAGGUAUCAGGAGAGGAACACCUUGAUUUUGUUGAGUACAGAGUUGCCGUGCUGGAGGAAAACUUUGAGACGUUGAAAACUGGUGCUAACGUUAAGUGCGGCCUGCCUCCAUCUAUAUAUGGAUCAGAGGUUGUAUAUACAUCGAUUCACCUCAAUGGCGUGGCCAAGUACAGUUGCAGAGACGGUUACGUAGGACAAGGUUCAGAUAUUUCACUGUGUACCGACAAAGGCGUUUGGUCCCCGACAGACAAAACAUGUUGUAAUGUAUCCGUCGUUGUUGCAAGAUGGUUUGGUAGGAUGGUGUACACCGGCAACGUUGCUACGACGGUGACAGGCAAGACGUGUCAGAGAUGGAAGGCCCAGGCACCACACAGACACUCGUUCAAGGACCACAUCUCAGUCAACCCAUUCGGCGGUGAGACACUGGACGAUAGCGCCAACUACUGUCGGGACCCAUCAGGCAGUGGGUAUUUGUGGUGUUACACGACGGAUCAAAACACACGUUGGGAAAAAUGUAACAUCCCUCGGUGUUGACAUGGUUACCAUUACGCUACUGGAGCUCACCUAUUUGCUCUCUGACAAUUGGGAGUAGAAUUGUCUCUACUAGUUUCUAAUAUACAUUUCUAUGGCAAGAUGUCAGAUAGAUUUGGAGUUGAAAUAAAAGCAUUUUUCAUUUCUUGAUUUUCGACA